AAAAAACACCACCGCCAUCUCCCUCCCACUACAAGUCUGCAACCCGAGCCUCCGGCGGAAGCCUCCCCUUCCCCCUCUCCAGCAGCAGCACUCGCACACACACGCUUCCCCAAGCCAAGCAAGCAGCCACCUUUCUUUCCUUCCUUUGCCCCUCCUCCCUCCUCUCCUCCAGCAGCUACUCAGAUCCAAGAAGCGGAGCACCACUGUCGCCAUGCCGCCCCGGCUGCCACUCUGCGUGGCGGCCCUCCUGCUCUGCUGCCUCUCGCUCGCGUCCUCCGAGCCGGACGCAGACAAGGUCGCGCUGCUCGACUUCCUCGCGGGGGUGGGCCGCGGUGGCACCGCCCGCGCGCGCAUCAACUGGGCUUCCACCCCGCGCGCCUGCGGCGGCUGGACGGGGGUCACCUGCAGCGCCGACGGCUCCCGCGUCGUCGCGCUGCACCUCCCGGGCCUCGGCCUCUCGGGCCCCGUGCCGCCGCGCACGCUCGGACGACUCACCGCGCUGCAGGUGCUCAGCCUCCGCGCCAACAACCUCUCCGGCCCCUUCCCCGACGACCUCCUCGACCUCGUCGCGCUCACGGGGCUCCACCUCCAGCGCAACGCCUUCUUCGGCGCGCUGCCGCCGGGGCUCUCGCGGCUGCGGAGCCUGCAGAUGCUCGACCUCUCCUUCAACGGCUUCGACGGGAGCCUCCCCGGCGCGCUGUCCAACCUCACCCAACUCGUCGCGCUCAACUUGUCCAACAACUCGCUCUCCGGUCAUGUCCCUGACCUCGGCCUCCCGGCGCUCCAGUUCUUGAACCUCUCCAACAACCAUUUCGACGGCCCCGUGCCCAACUCCUUGCUGAGGUUCGCGGAUACCGCGUUCGCUGGGAACAACAUGACGCGGCCUGCGCCGGUGUCGCCGGUGCUCCUGCCGCCCUCGCUGUCGCCGCCUGCGGCCGGCGCGCCCGCGAAGAGGCGGCUGCAGCUCAGCGAGGCGGCCAUUCUCGCCAUUGCCGUCGGCGGGUGUGUCCUGGUGUUCGCUGUCGUCGCGGUGCUUCUGAUUGCGUUUUGCAACAGAGAGAGCGGCGAUGAGAUGAGAAGUGGGGCGUCUGGGAAGGGCGGGGAGAAGAAGGGGAGGGAGUCGCCGGAGUCCAAGGCGGUGAUAGGCAAGGCUGGGGACGGCAACCGGAUGGUGUUCUUCGAGGGUCCGUCGUUGGCGUUUGAUUUGGAGGACCUGCUCCGCGCCUCUGCCGAGGUUCUUGGGAAGGGUGCGUUCGGGACGGCGUACCGGGCGGUGCUGGAGGACGCGACGACGGUGGUGGUGAAGAGGCUCAAGGAGGUGAGCGCCGGGCGGCGCGAGUUCGAGCAGCAGAUGGAGCUGGUCGGCCGGAUUCGCCAUGACAACGUGGUGGAGCUCCGUGCGUACUACUACUCCAAGGACGAGAAGCUGCUUGUGUAUGAUUACUACAGCAGGGGAUGUGUUUCCAACAUGCUUCAUGGGAAGAGAGGAGAGGACAGAACACCUUUGGAUUGGGAAACCAGGUUAAGGAUAGCCCUGGGAGCAGCACGAGGGAUCGCACACAUUCACACCGAGAACAAUGGGAAAUUUGUUCACGGCAACAUCAAGGCCUCAAAUGUCUUCAUAAACAGCCAUCAAUGCGGCUGCAUCUCAGACCUUGGUUUGGCAUCACUGAUGAACCCGAUCACCGCAAGGUCCCGUUCUCUAGGGUACUGCGCGCCAGAGGUCACCGACACAAGGAAAGCAUCACAGUGUUCAGACGUCUACAGCUUCGGCGUCUUCAUCCUCGAGCUCCUCACCGGGAAGUCACCUGUCCAGAUAACCGGCGGGGGCAAUGAGGUUGUCCACCUGGUCAGAUGGGUGCAGUCUGUCGUCCGGGAGGAGUGGACUGCCGAAGUGUUUGACUCAGAGCUGCUGAGGUACCCCAACAUCGAGGAGGAGAUGGUGGAGAUGCUCCAGAUCGCCAUGGCAUGCGUCUCGAGGACCCCUGAACUGCGGCCCAAGAUGCCGGACCUGGUGAGGACGAUCGAAGAUGUGCGGAGGAGCGACACCGGGACGCGGCCUUCGACGGAGGCGUCCACUCCGGCCAUGGAAGCAGCUCAGAACAGGGCAGAGAGCUCAUAUGCAGCCCCGUGAAUCCAUUCGGAAUGAUUCAUUGGAUGCUCAAAGCUGGUAUUUAUUAGUUGUUUGUUUUUGCACGGUAGGAGCACGGAUGAUCGAUCCUGUGUUUUGACGGGUGCUGUACCAUUCUUUUGUCUUAAGAUUCCAUGUUGCGAUAUUGUAACAGAAUGUCGAGUGGACAUGGUUUGCUUAUGCAGCAAUUGCUCACUGCUCAUCUCUCUAAGCAAGGAAAAACAACUGUCUGAUCUGUUAACACUUCAUUUGAUA